GCCCCAACAGUCCCUCUAGUGCCUGCCAGAAGGCGAAGAGGAGAGAAGAGGCCAAGUCGUGGAGGCCGAAGGCGAAGUUUUCCAAUCUCAAAGGGAGUGCCCUGGUCUCAGGAGAAUGGAGGAAAACUGGGAGAACUUGGGAUUUCUCUGCCUGGAAAAGGUCUUCAGAAAACUUGUGGAGGGGUUUUGGAGCAAUGCAAAGCAAGUGACUGCAGUUAUUGGCCUUGACAACUUCCUCUUUGACGGUGCCUGUCCUCCACUGAUCAUGUGUACAGGAAAGUGUGCUCGAUGUGUUGGGCUCAGCCUCAUCCCAAUGUCCCUCAUCUGCAUAGUGGCCAACAUCCUCCUCCUGGUGCCCAAUGGCGAGACCAAAUGGACUGAACAUCUCAGCCUGCAUGUGAAGCUCUCAGCAGGCUUUAUUGGCGGGGGCAUUAUGGUGCUAUGUCCUGGAAUAUCUGCUGUUCGAGCUGGGGGCAAAGGGUGCUGUGGAGCAGGCUGCUGUGGAAAUCGAUGUCGGAUGCUGAGGUCCGUCUUCUGUUCGGCUACCGGGGCUAUCGGGGCCAUUUACUGCCUCUCGGUGUCUGCAUCGGGGCUUGAGACUGGGCCCAAAUGCCUGACAGAGCUACCUAACACGUGGAGCUACCCCUUCGAAAAUAGCAAUGGGAAUUACCUGGGCAACAGUUCGUGGUGGGACCAGUGCCUGGAGCCUCCGAAAGUGGUUUUGUGGAACUUGACUCUGUUCACGCUGCUGACGGUGGUGUCAAUUCUGGAGCUAGUGUUGUGCGGCAUACAGCUAGUGAAUGGUGUCCUAGGAGUUUUCUGCGGGGACUGCCGGAAAAAAUGAGAUUCUUGAGCUCUGAAGCUGAGAGGGGCACGGGUUCUGCCAGAACGCCGUUUCCAAGGAGCUGGGAAACUGGGGUGGGUUGUCCCCACUUCUCUUUUCACCCCGACCCCAUCAACUGAAAUAAAGUAUCCUGAUUCGCACUGCC